CGAUAAUCGUUCAUAGAAUCACAACAACCCACCAUUCACGACUUAUACGCACAAUAUCUCAGUUCACAACACCAUGACUGACAUCGUCGUAAUCGGUGCUGGCGUCAUCGGCCUCAGCGCCGCCCUCCGCCUCCAACAAGAGGGCUACAACGUCACCAUCGUCGCCAAAGAGUUUCCCACCCCUUUUGAAGCCGCCGACAAGCGUGCCCUAAUCAACUACACCUCGCAAUGGGGUGGCGCGCAUAAUCGCUUCGUUCUCCCUACGAAUCCCGCUGAGACGCUUGAGCAUGGGUAUUCUCUCACGACAUUUCGCCAUAUGGAGGACACGCUGAAGGAGUUUCCUGAAGCGGGUAUCACUUUCAUGAAGGGUAUUGAGUACUUUGAGAAUCCACCACCGGUAUACCGUGAUUUGACAGCAGAGAAGGCUCUCCAGCUUGGUAUCAAAGAGUUCAAGUUGCUAGAGAAGAAGGACUUUCCGGACGACAAGGUGACCCGGGGAUACGAGUACAAGACGUGGUGCGUGAAUCCCAUGGUCUACUGCUCAUUUCUUCUUCGUCGGUUCCAUAUUCUGGGAGGCAAGGCUAUAAAUAUGGAGCUUCGUACCCCGAACGAAGCAUUCCUUAUCAAGGACGUCGACUUGGUCGUCAACUGCUCCGGCCAGGGAUUCAACGACCCAGACGUGUUCCCCACAAGAGGCCAAACAUGCCUCGUCGCAAACCCCUGUGACGCCACCGUGACCCGCCAAAACGCAGACGGGUCAUGGACAUUCUGCGUACCCCGUAACUUCCACGGCGGCACCGUCAUCGGCGGCACCAAAGAGCCCGACAACUGGGACCCCGAGCCCAGCCCCGAGACUCGUGCCCGACUGCUCUCCGCCUUUGCUGCCACUUAUCCGCCCAUCGUCGCAGACGGGCCUUUGCAGCCGCUGGGGGACAUUGUUGGACGGAGACCGACUCGUCGUGGCGGGAUUAGGCUGGAGAGAGAGGAGAUACACCCUGAAAAAAUCAUCGGCGUGAAGGGACAAGGCGUGAGGCGGGUUGUGCAUGCGUAUGGCCUCGGUGGAAGGGGUUUUGAGCUCUCGUGGGGUGUAGCAGAAGAGGUUCUGUUGCUUGUCAAGCAGUGA